AUGAAAUUUCAUUGUGCCCUGUUCAAUUGCGAUGCGGGUUCUGAGCAAGAUGGAAGUGGACUGAUUGCACAACCGGGUGAAAACAUUGCUACGGUCAGUUCUGGAGGUCGAAAGCUACCUCCUACUGGUAUAGCCAUCGAUACUUGCAACAAGCUAAAGUCAUUGCUAGCACCAGGUGAACCUCCCUCAAUAAAGUCACAUUUUGAAAUUCCAAAGAUGGCUCUAAAGAAUGAGGUUCCAGCUUACGUGCUGGGCGUUGGUCUCACAAAGUUCAUCAAGCCUCGCAAAAAACGCAUGUAUCCAGAGAUGGGCUACGAAGCUGGUGUGAAAGCUAUGCUUGGUGCCCACAUCAACUACGACGAUGUCGAGACUGGUGUUGCGUGUUAUUGCUAUGGAGAUACAACAAGUGGUCAACGUUAUACGUGA